AUGUCCUACUCCCCUCAGCAAGAGAAGGAAAAGUCUGGCUCCUUCAAGGGCGGCGAUGUCGUCGCCACCCUUGAGGAUGGUGUCGGUGCCACCGACACCAACGCCUUUGACCAGCGCAAGGGCGAAGAGCUCAAGCACGCCCUCCUUCCCCGCCACAUGGCCAUGAUUUCCAUCGGCGGUGUCAUCGGGACAGGUCUUUUCCUCGGUACCGCUUCCUCCCUUCACAACGCCGGCCCCCUCGGUCUGUGGCUCGGCUACCUGCUCAUGGGUUCCGUCUGCUACGCCAUGAUGAUGUGUCUCGGUGAGAUGAUCUCUUACCUUCCCGUUCCUGGUGGUCACAUCAAGCUCGCCGAGCGUUUCGUCGGCAAGCCUCUCGCCUUCGCCAUGGGUUGGAACUACUGGUACAACUGGGUCAUCGUUCUCCCCGCCGAAUUGUCUGCCGCUGCCGUCCUCAUGUCUUACUGGUCCGAUGCCAACCCUGCUAUCUGGAUCUCGGUCUUCCUCGUUGUCGUCGUCGCUAUCAACUUGCUCGGCACUCGUGCUUACGGUGAGGCUGAGUUCUGGUUCGCCUCGAUCAAGAUCAUCACCAUCGUCGGCCUCAUUAUCCUUUCCGUCUGCAUCGACCUUGGUGUCGGCAAGCAGGGCCGUCUCGGCUUCCGCUACUGGAAGAACCCCGGCCCCUUCAAGCAGUACCACGGCAUCCAGGGCUCUCUCGGACAGUUCCUUGGCUUCUUCUCGGUCCUCAUCAACGCUGCUUUCUCCUUCAUCGGAACAGAGAUCGUCGCCAUCGCCUCUGCUGAAGCCAAGAACCCUCGCAAGUCCGUCCCCAGCGCCAUUCGCAAGGUCUGGAUCCGUAUCUGCCUCUUCUACUUCAUCGGCACUUUCAUGAUCGGACUUGUCUGCUCGUCGACCGCUCCCGAGCUCACCGCCGGCAAGAAGACCGCCGCCCGCUCCCCAUUCGUCGUAGCUAUCAACAACGCCGGCAUCAAGGUCCUCCCAAGCAUUGUCAACGCUGCUUUGGUCACUUCUGCUGUGUCCGCCGCAUCGUCGGACCUCUUCACUUCAAGCCGAGCCCUCUACUCGCUUGCUAUUGGCGGUUCCGCGCCCCGAAUCUUCGCUCGUACCACCAAGCGAGGUCUCCCUUACGUCGCGGUUGCCGUCUCGAUUGCCUUCUCCUUCCUCUCGUACAUGUCGGUCCGCGAUGGUGCCAGCACCGUUUUCGGUUACUUCGCAAACAUGACCUCGAUUGCUGGUAUGGUGACCUGGUUCUGCAUCGGUGUUAUGUACCUCCGCUUCAACAAGGCUAUGAAGGCUCAAGGCAUGUCCCGCGACGUUCUGCCUUACCGCGCAGCUCUGCAGCCCUUCUGCGGCUGGUGGACGGUGUGCACUACCUUCAUCGUCAUGCUGUUCAGCGGAUGGUCGGUGUUCCUCAACGGCAACUGGUCCGUCAGUGACUUUGUUACCAACUACAUCCCCAUUCCUCUCUUCUUGGUCCUCUACGGUGGAAACUGGUACUUCAACCGCAACAACGGUGCUCACAUCCCAUCCAGCGAGGUCGACCUCACCACCGGUCUUCGCGAGAUCCUCGAGGCUGAAGUGCCCGAGGAGAAGCCUACCACCAUCGGCGGCAAGGUCUGGGCCUUCAUCUCCUAG